AUGAAGGAAGACCUGGGUUUAACUGAAAAAUUUAUCCAUUACUUCUUCAGUCUACACCUUUCCUCUCAGAAGGAGACACAAGAAGGGAGUCCCUUCAGGUGUGAAACAUUGGAAGAAACUGAAUUCACACGAGAUUCCUUUGUGUCACUUGCACUCAUGUUGACGAAAGUGACCCCAUCACAGUUAUUUGUCUUUGAUGAAGAUAUCCUUAAAGAUUUUCUUUAUCAGAUGCUCGGAACAACAACCAAUGAUUAUAAUGUUUAUAAGACCAUCAAUUAUAACCCAUUAAGUAUUCAACCACAGAGAAUUUAUACAAGUGAGAAGCCAUACAAGUGCAAAGAAUGUGGUAAGGUCCUUAUUUCUUAUAAAACACUUUCUGUACACCAGAGACUUCAUACUGGAGAGAAACCCUACAAGUGUAAAGAAUGUCAUAAGGCCUUCAAUACGCGCUCAUCACUUUUUCUACACCAGAAAGAUCAUACUAAUGAAAAAAUGUACAUGUGUGAAGAAUGUGGCAAAUUAUUUUAUUAUCCUUCAAUGCUGAAGCAACAUCAAAGAAUUCAUUCAGAAGAGAAACCCUACAAGUGUGAACAAUGUCACAGAGCCUUUCGUUAUCAUGCAAGCCUUAAGGACCACAAGGCAACUCAUACUGGAGAGAAACUCUACAAGUGUAAACUGACUAUAAAAGGAUUUACUAAGCCUGCUCUCUUCAUUGAGAACAAGACAGCUAAUACUGCAGAGAAAGCCUAUGAGGAUGUAGAGUGUGGUCUUGCUGUCCCUAAGCCUCACCUGGUGACAUUUCUGGAGCAAAGACAAGAGCCUCCAGGUGUGAACAGACAAGCAGGAGCCACCGAGCACCUAGUAUGGAGAAUAUUUCCUAGCUUUCGUUCAUAUCUCAACUUUUGCUCAACAGGAACAACAUCCAGUGAUCAUAAUGUUUCCAACAAGACCAUUGAUUAUAACUCAUUAAGUAUUCAACCGCAGAGAAUUUAUACAAGGGAGAAACCAUACAAGUGCAAAGAAUGUGGUAAGGCCCUUAGUUCUUAUCAAACACUUUCUGUACACCAGAGACUUCAUACUGGAGAGAAACCCUACCAGUGUAAAGAAUGUCAUAAGGCCUUCAAUACGCGCUCAUCACUUUUUAUACACGAGAAAAACCAUACUGAUGAAAAAACAUACAAGUGUGAAGAAUGUGGCAAAUUAUUUUACUAUCCCUCAAUGUUGAAGCAACAUCAAAGAAUCCAUUCAGCAGAGAAACCCUACAAGUGUGAAGAAUGUGGCAAAUUAUUUUACUGUUCUUCAAUGCUGAAGCAACAUCAAAGAAUUCAUUCAGGAGAGAAACCCUACCAGUGCAAAGAAUGUCAUAAGGCCUUCAAUACGCACUCAUCACUUUUUAUACACCAAAAAAUUCAUACUGAUGAAAAAAACUACAAGUGUGAAGAGUGUGGCAAAUCAUUUUACUAUCCUUCAAUGCUGAAGCAACAUCAAAUAAUUCAUUCAGGAGAGAAACCCUACAAGUGUUCAGAAUGUGGCAAAAGGUUUUCACGCUUUAAAUACCUUCAGGAACAUCAGGCAGUCCACACUGGAGAGAAACCCUACAAGUGUGAAGAGUGUGGCAAAUGUUUUCCCUCAUCUUCAGGCCUUAAGCAACAUAAAAUCAGAAUUCAUUCUCAAGACAAUCUCUAAAAGUGUAGGGAAUGUGGCAAAGACUAUUACUCUUUGUAUCCUCACUCAGCAGAUGAUAC